CGUCUUCCCCAUCAAAGCCAUCCAUCCAUCCAUCGAAGCUAGCUGCCGGCCGGUGCGCCUGUCGAUCCACGUGACGCCACCACUGGGCCCCACCCCUCUCCCAUGACGUCACCUCCCCCACCCCCCCAUGUGCGCCCUCCUCUUCUCCCUCCUCCUCCUUUAUAUCCUUCUCCUCCCCCACCCCUCCUCCUCCUCCCCCCUCGCCGUCGAACACCUCGCCGCCGUUUACUCUCUCUCUCUCUGGCUGCAGCGGACGACGAGAACAUGCAAGGAGGAGGCGGCGUGAGCUGCGCGGUGGCCGGGGACGCGCCGUCGUCGACGAGGGGGGGAGGCGGCGGAGGGAUGCUGGGGCUGACGCUGUUCGACCCGCCGGGAGGGGAGCAGCCGGCGGAGAGGAUCGGGAGGCUGGUGCGGGAGAGCCCCGUGGUGAUCUUCGCGAGGAGGGGGUGCUGCAUGUGCCACGUCAUGCGCCGCCUCCUGGCCGCCGUGGGGGCGCACGCCACCGUCAUCGAGCUCGACGAGGCCGCCGAGGAGGCCGCGGCGUCCGCGGCCGCCGCCGCCGCCGUCCCGGCGCUCUUCGUCGGCGGCGCCCCAGUCGGCGGCCUCGACGGCCUCAUGGGCCUCCACCUCAGCGGCCGCCUCGUCCCCCGCCUCAGGGAGGUCGGCGCCCUCUGCGGCUAGCUCUCUCUCUCUCUCUCUCUCGCUCGCUCGCUCGCUUCUUCCCACCUCGCCGCCGGCCAUGGCCGCCGCCGCCGCCGCCGCUAGCUCAAUCCUGUCCAUGUAGUUGAGUAGAUACACAGCCCACGUUACGUACGUAAUUUCAGUCAAGGAGAGGGGGUUGGCUGCAAAAAUACAUCGGUGAAUAACAACACAGCUUGGUAGUGUACUGAGCCGAGAGGGGUGGACUGGGAUGAGAAGGUUAGUUAAAGUGGAGGGCCUUGACAGAAAUGUCUGGAUCUAAAUGUAAUUAAUACUUUUUUUCCUUUUAUUACAGCUGUUAAUUCAUCUCCUCUGUAGUAGCAAAUUCUCUUGUUUGCUCGCUUGUUACUGCACUUUAAUUACCCUGUAAGUAUUUUUGGUCAUUAUCUUUCAUGUAUAAAUAACAUAUAUACCAUCCCUUUUUUCCAGCUUAAUGAAUCUUGAUUUUUCAUAAA